CAUGACGUUGUGUCUGAUCUGGUUCCUAGAACAACGCUUCAACCAGACUUCGAUCGACUGAACGCUGAACACAACACAAGCCAUGCUCGGAAAAAUCGCCCUCGAGGAAGCCUUUGCGCUCCCACGCUUCGAAGAGAAGACCCGCUGGUGGGCCAGUCUGUUCUCCACCGACCCCGAAACCCAUGUCAAGGAGAUCACCGACAUCAACAAGAUCCGCAUUGAGCAUGCGGACAAGCACGGCGUGGGAUAUCAGAUCCUCUCUUACACGGCUCCAGGUGUCCAAGACAUUUGGGAUGCUGCCGAGGCGCAAGCUCUCGCCGUCGAAAUCAACGACUACAUCGCCGAGCAGAUCCGUGACCGCCCUGAUCGAUUCGGUGCAUUCGCAACUCUCUCCAUGCAUGACCCCCAAGAAGCCGCCACCGAGCUCCGCCGCUGCGUCGAGAAGUACGGCUUCAAGGGUGCCCUGGUGAACGACACCCAACGCGCCGGUCCGGAUGGCGACGACAUGAUCUUCUACGACCAGCCCAGCUGGGACAUCUUCUGGCAGACAUGCACGGAGCUCGACGUGCCUCUGUACCUGCACCCGCGCAACCCCACGGGGACCAUCUACGAGAAACUCUGGGCAGACCGCAAGUGGCUCGUCGGGCCUCCGCUCAGCUUUGCGCACGGCGUCAGCCUCCACGUUCUGGGGAUGGUUACCAACGGAGUCUUCGACCGGCACCCGGCAUUGCAGAUUAUCAUGGGGCAUCUGGGCGAACACGUUCCCUUCGACAUGUGGCGCAUCAACCACUGGUUUGAGGACCGGAAGAAGCUGCUGGGGCUGGCGGAGACGUGCAAGAAGACCAUCCGCGAGUACUUUGCGCAGAACAUCUGGAUCACCACCUCGGGCCACUUCUCGACCACGACGUUGAACUUUUGUAUGGCGGAGGUGGGCUCGGAUCGCAUUUUGUUCUCGAUCGAUUAUCCGUUCGAGACGUUCGAGGAUGCGUGCGUGUGGUUUGAUAAUGCAGAGUUGAAUCUGGUGGACCGGGCGAAGAUCGGACGGGAGAAUGCGAAGAAGCUGUUCAAGCUGGGGGCUUAUAAGGAUUCGUCGGCGUGAUGUAUUGUAUUCAUUUCAGACUUAACUUCUUUUCCUGCUCUACCCUUAGAUGAACGUAGGUCAUGGUCAACAGUGUUCUU